CGCGCCGUUUUAUGCCUAGGGAAUAGAAACGUGAAGGAAAAGCUUUGAACCUGACAUUCUCCGGUUUGCAUUUCAUUUUUGCAGUCAAAAAAGUUGUUCUCUGUUGCACAAGAAGGGCUCGGAAUCGGGACAUUGCUGAAAUCUGUUUCUUUUUGUUCUUUCCAUCUUUGGUUGUCGAUUUAGAGGUUUAGUGCUUUUGAGUAGCGUUACAUCACUAUUGGCGCCUUCUAGUAUAUCAUUUUGAGUCUUAACGAUGGCUGUUGCUGGUUCUUUGCAAUUGUCUCAUAAUAUGGGGCUUUGCAAGAACCAGGAGUACAGAAAACAAUACAAGAGUAUGUUGAGGAAUGGAGGCAAGAUUCCUUUGUUGAGUACCAUGCCCUCAUCAUGUGUUUCGUUUCAGAAAAGAAAUUCUUGGUGUAUUCGGCUAUCAGAAAAUUUGUACAAAUCCAUUUGCCCUGUAUCACAUAGAAGUAAUGCUUUUAGGUGCCAUGCCUUUGUAGUUCCAGGCCAAUCCUUUCAAAUUCCUGCAAUGAAGGCUGCUUCUAUGGCAUUGACGAGGUCAUAUAAUGCUUUGCAAAGCAGUCCAGUUAUAUUGAAGCUGUCUCCAGCAGUUGCGGUUAUCAUAUUUGCUAUAUGGGGCCUUGGUCCACUCAUGCGACAUUCUAGAAAUUUACUACUUAAUAAGAAUGACAAUAGUUGGAAAAAGAGUGGCACAUAUUAUGUUACGACCUCUUAUCUUCAACCUUUGUUGCUAUGGACCGGUGCGACACUUGUCUGCAGAGUACUUGAUCCUCUUGUUCUGCCUACAGAAGCCAGUCAGGUUGUUAAGCAGAGGCUUUUGAACUUUGUAAGAUCAUUGUCGACUGUGCUGGCUUUUGCCUAUUGCUUAUCUAGCAUGAUUCAACAAGCUCAGAAGUUCUUCAUUGAGUUACACGAGCCCAGUGACACUAGAAAUAUGGGUUUCCAAUUUGCAGGGAAAGCUGUAUAUUCUGCAGUAUGGGUAGCUGCUGUUUCGCUUUUCAUGGAGUUGCUGGGUUUCUCUACCCAAAAAUGGCUCACUGCUGGAGGUCUUGGGACUGUGUUGCUGACCCUUGCUGGUCGUGAGAUCUUCACAAAUUUCCUUUCAAGUGCAAUGAUUCAUGCAACUCGACCUUUUGUUGUGAAUGAAUGGAUUCAAACGAAGAUUGAAGGCUAUGAAGUUUCUGGUACUGUGGAGCACGUGGGUUGGUGGUCACCAACAAUCAUAAGAGGUGAAGACCGUGAAGCAGUUCAUAUUCCUAACCAUAAGUUCACAGUGAACGUCGUGAGAAACCUCUCUCAGAAAACACAUUGGCGUAUUAAAACGCACCUAGCCAUUAGUCAUUUGGACGUUCAUAAGAUUCAUAAUAUUGUUGCUGACAUGCGCAAAGUCUUAGCCAAGAAUUCUCAAGUUGAGCAGCAGCGGUUGCACAGGAGAGUGUUUUUGGAAAAAAUAAAUCCUGAAAAUCAAGCUCUCACGAUUUUGAUAUCCUGUUUUGUGAAGACCUCACAUCAUGAAGAAUAUCUGUGUGUCAAGGAAGCAAUACUGUUGGAUCUUCUAAGAGUCAUCAGCCAUCACCGGGCGCGACUUGCUACCCCUAUUCGAACAGUUCAGAAAAUAUAUAGUGAUGCUGAUUUGGAAAAUGUUCCAUUUGCGGAAACUAUCUUUCACCAUGGUGGAGCUGCUAAUCGUCCUCUGCUGCUGAUUGAACCCUCUUACAGAAUCAACGGUGAUGAUAAAGCAAAAUCUCAAAAUCGCCAGGGACGGGGAGCUGGAGAUCAAGAAAAUAAGGCUACAUCAAAAUCUUCAACUGACAUAAAAACCGAAGGUAGCCCGAAGUCAGACUCUAAGACCAAAGAUGCAUCAAAAUCUGACAUUAAGGGAGAUGCCAAAUCAGGUGAAACACCAAUUUCUGAUGCUAAGGAGAACAUAAAAGGUGCAACUGGAUCAACGUCUGACUUGAAUGUCGUUGAUAAAUCGUCAGCAAAAUCAUCAUCGGGUUCUGUCCCCAAGUCAGCAAGUUUUUCAGAAUCAUCAAGUUCCGAAUCCCGGGCAGCAGGCUCUGUUUCUGAUAAUGUGUUACAGAGCAAAAAGAUUCCCGAUAGCAAGCCGCCUAGGAGCACGAGUUCCGGGAAUGCAAGGCAGAAUAGCCAUUUAGAUAACCCAUCAAUGUCCUCAUCAGAUGGUCAACCAUCAGGAGCUGAGAAAAAGUCAAAUGCUCAACCGUCAGUGUCAAGGCCUUCCUUGGAGGAAAAUAUAGUCCUUGGUGUUGCAUUGGAAGGCUCCAAGAGAACCCUUCCGAUUGAGGAAGACAUGGCUCCCCGUCCGACGCUAAACGAGAUUAAGGAAAUGGCUGCAGCCGGCCGAAAUGGAAAUGCAUCUUCAAAUGGGGAGAAGGAUGAGAAAGAUGGUCAGACUCAAAAACCUUCAAGUGCAACUUCCGGUGAUCAGCUAAAGAAGUAAUUUUUUUGGUUUUGCAAAUGUCUUGAUUUGAAGCGUUUUUUCUCACUACUAAAAUAGGUAACAUUUUCUAUGACCAAUGCAAUCAGAUUACGCUCUUGUUUUUUCAUCUUACAGUAUCAGAUAUCCCAUAGGAUUUUCCAAACUGAUGAUUUGACUGCUUUUCAAGUCUCUCCUUGUACUUAUUUAAUAGUUUGCUAAUCCAUUGACACCCUGUUUUAGAUGUUCAUUAAA